AUGAUGAACGAUACUGAUGACAACAAAGCGACCUCUUUGAAAGAUUUGAACGUCUCGGACAAGAGAAAGGUGUCGAACCUGCUUCAUGGAAGAAAGGCAAGCACGUACUUGCGGAUCUUCCGGGAUGACGAUGCAGUGGGGACUGAGCGCCAUCGAGAGGAUCCAUCUGGCGAUGGAUCCUGCGAUAAGUCGUCGGUGCAGCCGCCGUGUUUGAAGUCGACCGUUUCCAACCCCUCUAUCCCAGUUGCUCCCAAAAGGAAGACCUCGCUUUCACUCUACGACACGCAUUACAAGUCUUCCACAUUGCCGAGAAGGAAAUUUUCGUGGUCACGAAACUCUGUAUCGAGCGAUGCCCGGAUUAGUGACGCGAAUGAUACAAGCCUGAAGCCCUCUUCCGCUACAUACUAUCCCCAUAAAUCGGACGAUCAAGCGAAGCCUGGCGCAAGUGCCAGUGCAGACGGCGGCGCAAAUGCAGGCGCAAGGGCAGUGGCACCUUUGGAUGCACAGGACAAGAUAACGUCUAUCUCUGUACCGAAAUUUGCACAGGAGAACCAAACGUCCAAUGACUCAGAUGCCAUAGAGACCGAUGAUGAUUACUACGACGACGAUGAAGAUGAAGAUCAUGAUCUAAACGACUACCCAUUGGCGGUUGAAUUACAACCGUUCACAAACAACGUGGGCGGUCACACAGCGAUAUUUAGAUUUUCGAAAAGAGCAGUCUGUAAAGCCUUGGUUAAUAGAGAAAAUGAAUGGUAUGAAAAUAUCGAAGUGAAACAUAAAGAACUAUUGCAAUUCAUGCCAAGGUACAUUGGCGUGUUGAAUGUCCGACAGCACAUCGUUAAUAAAAAUGAUGAUUUUCUAAAAAAAUUAAACCCAAACAAGAAUAAAAAAAAUUCGGUGAGUUCGAAUGGUCCAGUCAAUCCAUCCCUAUAUUUUCCAAAAGUUGGCUGUCCACUUACUCAUAUUCAUUCUUUCCCGUACGAUAGUAAUUCAAUAUCAUCAAAUGCCUUACCCGAGGUUGUUCUUAACGAUAAUAGACAUAUGAUUUCUGAUUCGUUACUAGGAAUUAAACCGCUAUCGCAUUCGCCAAGCUCUUUGCCAACCGAUACUUGUAUUUACUCUAAUGGAAAUUCUGUUGAUGAUUCGAACAACCAUUCCGGUAAUAUCAAUUUAGGUUCAACAACAGUUAACACAAAAUUAAAGGCGUUGGUCUUACAAGAGGUUUUUGCACCAACAACAAAUUCACACACGACAAUGAAUCCGAGAAAACAUCUUAGAAAAUCUCGUGCUUCUUCGCAUGAUAACUCAAGGCGUAAUUCAAAUCAAUCACUGAAAAAUAUGUCAAUACAACCUGUCACAUCUCCUUUGCUGAAAAAAUCUCUGAAAGAAAGCAUUUCACAUGCUUUAAAUAGUCCAAAUUCUUUAAUGGAUUUAAGACAAUUUCACAAAAAAGAAAUGGCAAGAGAAUUUAUUGAAGAUCAUAAUGAUAGUCAUGACCAUGAUGGAGAAAGUCAAACAAAUACAUGCACAAAUACAACUGCAGAUACGAGCACAAGAUCUUCUCCGAUAUUGGGGCCACGCGAAUCUGUAUCACCAUUAUCAUUGCCACUAGAUAAACCCAUUUCAAAUGAUGAAGGGGUUUUUGAGAUGGAUGAUGAUGAAAUUUUGAAAAAUAAACUACCGGAAUCUCAAAUGAAUUCACAUACUACGAAUCAUAAUGUUUCGUGUAAUACAUCUUCAAAUACAGAUACAAAUAACCAAUCUGAUUCUGUUACUUUUGAAGAGCAUUCGGAUACUGUUGUGUCAAAAUUUAUUCUGCUAGAAGAUUUAACGAGAAAAUUGAUCAGGCCCUGCGCCCUUGAUUUGAAAAUGGGUACAAGACAAUAUGGCGUGGAUGCCAAGAGAUCGAAACAAUUAAGUCAACGGGAGAAAUGUUUGAAAACAACAUCAAGAAAAUUGGGUGUUAGGAUUUGUGGAUUAAAGGUAUGGAAUCAAUCUUACUAUAUUGUAAGAGAUAAAUAUUUUGGCAGAAGGGUCAAGAUUGGUUGGCAAUUUACAAGAGUAUUAGCCAGAUUCAUAUAUAACGGUUCAAAUGUUUCAAGUAUUAUUAAACAGAUUCCAAGACUAGUUAAACAAUUAGAUGUUUUAUCCGCCGAGAUUUCCAAUUUGAAAGGUUAUAGAUUAUAUGGUGCAUCCCUACUACUAAUGUACGAUGGUAAUAAUCCAGGUAACAAAAGAUGCAGAGUCAAAGUAAACCUGAUUGAUUUUGCUCGAUGCGUUACUAAGGAAGCAAUGGAUGCAAAUGGCAUUGAAUCAUUUAGCAUUCCACCAAAAAAUUCACAAUUAGAGGAUCGUGGGUUUCUAAGAGGUAUUAGAAGUUUGAAGUUUUAUCUCAUGUCAAUUUGGAACUAUUUGACAACUGAUCAUCCAUUAUGUAAUGAUGAUGACGAAUUAAAUCAACUGCUACAAGAAAACGAAUCUAAAUUUGAUAAAAAUUGGGAUUGGUUAGAUGAAUUUGAUAAAGAAACUGAAGAACAGUAUAAUGAUCCUAAUAGUGAAUUAAGAAUAAAAUGGAGAAAAUUUGAACUCAUUUUUGAUUUGGAACCUCGCUAUAAUAACGACGGUGAAGUUAGUGAUUAA